AUGGCUUCAACAACAACAACACCAACAACGGGAGACCGCAUCAAAAAGUUCCUCGGUAUUCCUGUCGACGAAAAGCUCGACGACACAGAAUACUACAACGAUGGCUCAUUUGUCGAGUCGGAACCAACCACCCAGGACUUCCUCAACGAAAUCCGUCCCACCGUUCGAGGCACACUCAACUACCUCAGAGAAUUAUUUCCCUUUAUCAACUGGAUCUUCCAUUAUAACCUGACAUGGCUGUUGGGUGAUUUCAUUGCGGGAGUCACGGUUGGCUUUGUCGUGGUGCCGCAAGGCAUGGCAUACGCAAAACUCGCCAAUCUUGACCCAGAGUUUGGUCUUUACACCUCUUUCGUCGGUUUCCUGCUAUACUGGGCUUUUGCUACGUCAAAAGACAUCACAAUUGGUGCAGUCGCUGUGAUGUCCACCAUCGUCGGAAACAUCAUCACAGAAGUCCAGAAGGAACACCCAGACUUUGUCGCUGGCGAUAUUGCACGAACACUAGCCUUCAUCUGUGGAGCAGUGCUACUCUUCCUUGGCCUCAUCAGAUUUGGAUUCAUCGUCGAGUUCAUCCCCAUUGUGGCUAUCUCGGCGUUCAUGACUGGCUCAGCGAUUUCCAUUGCCUCGGGACAGGUAUCGACACUCAUGGGCAUUCCCAAUAUCAACUCCCGCGAGGAAACCUAUAAGGUCAUCAUCAACACCCUAAAGGGGCUUCCUAACACAAAAUUAGAUGCCGCCAUGGGCUUGAGCGCACUCUUUGGGCUUUACUUCAUCCGUUGGUUCUGCACCCAAUUGGGCAAGAGAUACCCCCGUCAGCAGAGGACUUGGUUCUUCGUCUCCACCCUUCGCAUGGUCUUUAUCAUCAUUCUCUACAUUCUCGUCAGUUUUCUCGUCAACCGCCACGUCAAGGAUCCGAAGAAGGCCCAUUUCAAGAUUCUUGGGCAUGUCCCAAGUGGCUUUCAACACAAGGGAGCUCCCCGUCUCGAUAACGAAAUACUCUCUGCCAUCAGUGGCCACAUUCCGACCACGAUCCUCGUUCUGCUCAUCGAACACAUCGCCAUAUCCAAAUCGUUCGGUCGCGUCAACAACUACAUCAUCAACCCAUCCCAGGAACUCGUCGCCAUCGGCUUCACUAACCUCCUCGGCCCUUUCCUCGGCGGCUACCCGGCUACCGGAUCUUUCUCCAGAACCGCCAUCAAGGCCAAAGCCGGUGUCCGCACGCCUCUUGCCGGUAUCUUCACCGCCGUCCUCGUCCUGCUCGCCCUCUAUGCUCUCACCUCCGUCUUCUUCUACAUCCCCAACAGUGCCCUGGCCGCCAUGAUCAUCCACGCCGGAAGUGUACAAGUUCUGGCUGACCUCGCCGCUCGAGGUGAUCAUUUUUUUGCCGGCGUCUUCGUCUCCAUCUUUACUUCAAUCGAAAACGGUAUCUACGUGACCGUCGCCGCCUCCGGUGCCAUUCUGCUCUGGCGCAUCGCCAAGAGCCCCGGCAAGUUCCUCGGCCAGACCGAGAUCUACACGGCACAUCGCGAGCUGGUGCGCGGCGGCGGCAAGGACGCGGGACUCACGCAGAGCCUGCUGCAAAAGUCGGAGCACCACACCGCCUUCUUGUCGCUCGACAGAGACGACCUCUCCAACCCCGAACUCCAGAUCUCGACUCCCUGGCCUGGUGUCUUCGUGUAUCGCUUCGGUGAAGGCCUGAACUAUGUCAACUCGGCGAAACACCUCGACAACCUGACCAUCCACGUCUUCAGGCACACGCGCCGGACGGAGCUGAACAAGUUCGAGAAGCUUGGUGACCGACCGUGGAACGACCCCGGCCCCCGCCGCGGCCAAGCCUUCCUCACCGACGAGCUCGUCGCCCGCCCGACCCUGCGCGCCAUCAUCCUCGACUUCUCCGCCGUCAAUUGCAUCGACGUGACCGCCGCCCAAGCGCUCGCAGACCUGCGCAACCAGUUCGACCGCUACGCCCACCCGGACAAGGUCGAGUGGCACUUUGCUGGGGUAUCCAACCGGUGGACCAAGCGCGCCCUGGUAGCUUCUGGAUUCGGUGUCGACUCGUCGAGGACGCCGAGGGUGCAAAGCGAAAACUACAAGGGCGAUGUUGAGGAGGUGGAACAGGGCCCGUUGAUUGCUAUUGGCCCUGCUGGCGGUUCGGCAACUGAUAUUGAGGCGGUAGUGGUUGGAACAAGUGGUGCGAGUAGUACGGAUGAAAAGAGGCCUGAGGGUUCUUCGGGUGGUGAUGCGGAGAAGGGUAACGCUAAUGGGGAGGAUAUUGCAGCGGUGCCGACUGCGAGCAGUGCGGGCGCUGGUGCGUUGGCGAGGACCACCGCAGGGAAGAAGCUGGUGCCGGUGUUUGGGAUUAACAGGCCGUUCUUCCACAUUGAUGUGGCGACUGCUUUGAAGAGCGCGGUAAGGAAUACUGGCGUGGUAGUUGCCGAUGAGUAA